AUGAAGAAAGGCCAUUGGGCUUCCGUAUGUAGGAAAAAUAAGGUCAGAUCUGUCAAAAUUGAUUUAUUAGAAUUAGAAAAUAAGUAUAAUAUAGUAGAAUAUGAGUCUGAUGAUGAAUUAGAGACCUUAACAGAGCAAGAUAGAGAAAGUGAACUCAAAUUGAAUGAUUCUCCAAAGACUGUGUCUGAAACUAUUGGUGCUAAGUCACUACCAGUAUCAUAUGAAUCCCAAUUUGUGUCUACUCCUAAAUUGCCAAGAAAUAUUGCUGAAAUUCCUAUUUCAGCUUACUACAUAAUUUUUCUUUCGUUUGAUAAUCCAUUGACACCAGAAUAUGUUGAUGAUUCCGCUACAAAUCCAAUAUCCACGCCUAUGGAGUCAAUUAUGGCUAUGUUUUUAAUGUCUUUAACCAACUUUGGAGACUACUAUGAUGCCUUCGCAAGGACAGAGCAUGAGUAUGAAGCCAAGAUUCUUUUUGUAAUAUUUAUGGCAAUCGUUGCUAUUUUAUUAAUAAACAUGUUAAUAGCCAUGAUGGGAAAUACUUACCAGAAGAUAGCAGAAACAAGAAACGAGUGGCAAAGACAGUGGGCUAGAAUUGUACUUGUGGUUGAAAGAGGUGUAAGCCCUCCAGAGAGGCAUCGUCAGCUAAUGGUUUACUCACAACCAAUGUCUGAUGGAAAACAGGCUUUAGUUCUGCGGUUAAAUCAGUCGGAUGAAGAUAAGGAAGAGAUGAAGGAAAUUCUGGAAAUAAAACGUAGACAUGAAAGAUAUGUCAAGAAAAGAAAAGAAGCAAAUCAGAUACAUGCAAAUAAUGUAAUUCAUAAGUAAUAUAAUAUACAAAGUUUAUAUUAUAGUAGACUGUACUGUAA